UAACUUCUAAAAGUAUUAAAAACAGAAAAAGAUUUUCGUAAAUCUUUGUUAAGCAGAAUAAAUUGAAUUUUUGAGACUCCCAACAUUAUUUUGAAGAUAUAUGUAGAUAUAAAGGAGGAAAAUAUAUGUAGAUAUAAAUCUAUAUUUGAAAGAAAAAUAUGAAAAAUUAUUCGAGGUUAUAAAGAAAUCAAAUCAAAAAGUUGAAAGGCCUUUGACACACUUAAUUAACAUUUAAUUGCAUUUGUGUAUAUGUGUAAUUAAAUAAAGGUACCAGUGUUGAGGUCAAGAAAUAUUACAUGCAUAAGACCAAAAGAUGGUUGGUUUAGUGAAAGAAUAUCAAGAUGUUCUUGAAACAUCCAAAGAUGUUGUAAGACUAAAGCAAAGACAUUUGAUAAAAGAAGUAUUGGAGCGUUUGAAUUUUAUAACUGUGUCUGAAGAUACUACCAUAACAUUUUUAACAAAUGAACAAGUUCGAUUUUUCUUCAUUGAUAUACUAUCAUUAGUAGUUGAUAAUGAUUCAGCUAUACAGUGUGGUGCCAUAAAUGCCAUUGAAAAAAUCUUAUCUAAAAUAGAGCCUUCUGCGUAUCAAACAAGUUCCGAAUGGCCCAUCAUUCGUGACAGAAUUGUUGAGGAAUACACACAGCACAUCAGUAAAGUUCGUGAUUCAUCCAAUAAUGUUAACUGGUACAAAAUAUGGUGCCUAUUAAUACAGGUCCUUGAUCAGGACAUCAUACGAAGUGUACUUAUAAUUAAUAAAUAUUUAGCUAUAGUCGAGCAAAGCUUCAAGUCUCCAAAUUUAGAAGUUCGUGCCCAAGCUUUUAUAUGCUGGAAAGCCUUAGUAAAAAUGUUUUUUAAAUACAAUGAACUAAUACCAACAAAACGUGUUAAACUGGUUAAUAUACCAUUCCGAUCAUCUCAAGCUAAAACCUUAUAUGCCGCUGAAACUAAAUUUGAAGCAUAUUGGUAUUUUUUAGUAAAAUUAAGUGAAAGUCAUACAAUAAAUGCAGAUUCAAAUUACAACAACAGUUUAGAGUUGCACCAAGAAUUGGUUUUUGCUCCAUUUUUGCAAUUUUGUUUUGGAAAUUCAAUAAAUGGAUAUUCAACACUUAAACAAUAUCCAAAAAUGAAGGAAAUUACAAUUUAUGUUUUGAUCGCUAUGCUCAAUCCUAACAAUAAGGAAAUUGAAGUACAAUUAGAGUACAAUAAUCUCGAGAAACCGAAAGAGGCUGUAAUAUCCGAAAUGAUAAUGCAAACUAAUUGGAAAGCUAUUAUUCGAUCCUGUUUUGAAGCUUCUUUAAUAAUUGUUGGACAAGGUAAAGCUCGGAAAAAAUUGUUCGAUUUAUUGUGGCAUGGAUUGGUACACCAUGUAAUCCAGUCAAGAAACCCCGAAAUUUAUAAAGAAUGCUGUUCAGUUAUACAACAACUUAUUGAUACUGAUAAAGAAAAUCCAGAAUUACUUAUGAAAUCUAAUAUUUUAGAUAUGGUACAAGUAUUCGGAACACAUUAUAAUUAUUUAUAUGACAUUAAUAACAAUACUGCAAAUUAUGUACAAAUUUUCGAAAUAGUCACUUGCAUUACUGAUAUUUUAUUAUUAAACGAGGAAAAUUAUUUUUCAGAAAUUAUUUUUGAACCUAUAACUAAAAAUGUUUACAAUUUAGAAAAAUAUAAAAAUUUGACAAAAUUUUGGGAAUUAAAAAAGGAUUUAAUAGAAUAUAUAUUAACCACAGAUCAGUUAAAUGAUUUUACCAACUUUGCUAUUAAAAUUUCAAUAUGGAAAGCUUUCUCAGUUGUUUUAUGUGAUUACAUGAACAGCAAAUUGUUUGAGUUCAGAUUACAAAGUAAAUUUGAAGUAGUUAAUAAAUGGGUAGUCUGGCCACUUAAAAAGUGUGGGUGGAUUCAGGAAACCAAGCAAAAGGCUGUAGAGAAAAUAAUUGAUAAUUCAUUUUUCGUAUUAUGGAAGAAAGUUAUGUUAUGUAGUGCUAAUGCGCAAGGGAGAAGUAAUUUUAUAAAACAAAUCAUACCAUCGAUGAGAAUGUUGAGUGAAAGGAAGGAUACAAUUCCACAUUUUGAUGAUGUUUUCAGUUGUUAUAUUGAGUGCAUGGACAAGAAUUUUGAGAAAAAUUCAAAACCUACAGAAACUUUGGAUCUUUUGAAGACAGUUUUGUCCAAAACCCCUCCGAAAAAUUGUAGCUAUAAUAAAAUCAUAGAAAAUUUUCUAGGUUACAUAUCUGACUUAAAGGAUAUUCAAAUUAUUUUAAUUUUUGAAGAGUUAAAAUCUAUUACAACGACAUUAGGACAGGCGGACAAACUAAGGUACAUUACAAAGAACUGUUUUGAAUUAUAUAAGAAAACAGUAAUCGAAUUACUGAAAAGAGAAUCGUUAGAUAAGAAAUAUCUAAAAGAAUUUCGUUCUGCUUUGAAAUCAGAUGAAUUUGUAAUUAUUCCUUCAGUAUGGGCUUUAAAUCCAGAACGUUUAACAGAACAUCAGAAAGAAAAAAUGAAAGAGAAAAAGGAUAAUAUUCCAGCUCUAUAUAAUGAUAUGAACUCCGAUUCACAUUCGCAAGAUUCUUCAUCAAUUAAACCUUGGACUCCAAACAAAAUUGUUAUUCCUAGAGGCAAAGAUCAACUCAUUAUUAGUAGUCCAAAAACGACAGCAUCAGAUACGCAAUCGAAGGAAAUGAAAAACCCCCCAGAAGAAAAAGGAAACCAAUAUCUAAACCAAAAUUUAACAGAAAAAAGUCCAUUUAAGAAACCAAAAGAAAAAACCAACUCAAUCUCGUCUCCUGUCAAAAGCCCAUUGAAAAAGUUAAGAGAAGAAAAAAUAUCCCCAUUAAAAGCCAAUAAAAGUGUUAAUUCCAACAGUUCUGAAAGCGAUAAUGUUGAAAAAAUGGUUAAAGACUCUGAUGAGAAAGAAAAAAAAAUAUCUCCGAAACAAAAUUCUAACAGAAGCAAGAGUGUAGAUCCAAAAAAAUACAAAAUAACAAAAGAAGAUGAAGCUCUACUAAAAUCGAUGAAUGUUGACGUGCAAGAUGAAAAAAAGAGAUAUCUCAUCUUAUGCAACAUAAAGUCUUUGCGUAUUGAUACUGUAGAAGGAAAAAAAUUGCUAAAAAGUCAAUUCGCAAAAGAAAGAACUAGAAAGUCGGCAAAUCCGAAGAAAAAUGAGGGAGGUAUUACGUCAAGGAAAAUAAAUGAUAAAAAAAAAGCAGAAAAACGAAAUGUAAGAAAUAGAAAAUCGUUAAUUGAUAAAAAUACGGAAGAUAAUUUGUCCCCAAAAAAUAAAUUGAAUGAAAACGAGACUCUCACUGAAGAGAAGAAUGAAAAAAUUAAAAGCCAUGAAAAUAACAAGUCAAAAGGAGAUUUUAAUCUUAACACAAUAUUAGCUCAAAAAAACUCCAAAGUAGAAAUCCUUCAGAACUCUUCCGUAAGUGUAAGUUCAGAGGAUGAAUUCAUAGAACCAUCUCAAAGGUCUGAAUCUAUACUUGCUCGCCGACCAAGAAAAUCAUCAAUUAAUAUGACCACUACUUGUCAAAGUCCUCUUAAAAAUAAUUUAGGCAAUGUUGAAACAUUAAAUAAACAUGACAAAAAUUUAAACGAAGAUGUUUUUGCUAAUACAACCGCAGAAGGAAAAGCAAACGUAUUGAGAAACAUAGACUAUAAUGACAACAAAAAUAUUUCAAUCGAAAAUAAAAAAAUUUCUGAAAUGGACACCGAAUUAAAUACUGAAUUUCUUCAAUCUGAGAAAAUCGUUCCUAUAACUAGAAAAGAAGAACAAAGUAGCCGCCUUUUAAAAAACACUUCAUCAGAAGAAUCACAAGAGAGAGAACUUUCCAGAAAAUCACCAAGAAAGCGUCUUGUUUAUGAAACAGUUAUAGAAAAUACAUCCAAGGAUAAAGUUGUUCGGAGUAUUAAUAAUAGUGCAGAUAUGGAUGGAAAUAAUACUGACUCCAUAAUUUUCCCAUCGUUAACGCAAUCUCCUGCGGUUGACAAAACGUCACGAAGCGGUUUAGUUGAAAAACUUAUUGCUGCGGCUGAAGCUUCUCCUAAAAUGCAAAAAUUAUUGAACGAAGUUUGUAAUGGAGAGAAUUCCAAAAAUAUCGUUACUAGGUCUAGCCCAAGAAAGUCACCGCAAUUAUCGAAAAUUAUAACUGGGAUAGAAACACAACCAAAUACUGAAUGUGAUUUGAAUGCAGAAAUGACAAAAACAGAAACCCAAAUCCGAUCUCGCAACCCCCGAAAGUUACCCGGUUGGGCAAAGAAAAACCCCAGUGAGGUGGACACUGAACCAAAUGCAGAACUUUUAAAUUCUUCAGUUCAAGAAAAAGGAAAUACACCACAAAGCCCUUCUACCCCAAAACGUGAUAGUGACAUUUAUAAAUAUAAUGAAGAUAGGCUUAUAGAAUCACCAGCAUAUUCACCAAUAAAACCUUUUAAUAACUCACUUAAAAAAGUAUUGAAUCAAAGCAUCAUUGCAUCCCCUGAAUGUGGAGACUUUGAAGAAAAAAAUGCUGAAUUCAUGAAUAAUACUCUUAACAUAUCCCCCAUUCCCAUCGAUAACGAUAAAAUUGAAACAAAUUCUAAAGUUGCAGAUUCCCAUGCUGAUCGAUUAUUUGAUGAUUUAAAAUCUUUGAAUGAACAUGCUAAAAUUGGAUCUGAUAUUAUAAAACAAACUUCCCCAAUUAAAAAAUCAACUAAACCAGCAUCUUUGAAUUCUCCACCGGAUCGUAAAAACACCAAUAAUUCCGCUAGUCCUGCUCUAAAAUCAAAAAAUCAAUCUGGCUUAACCGGACGCGGUGCACAAUUGAUUAAUAUGAUAAGAAACCGUAAAAUUGAUACAUCAACUCGUUUCAGUUCUUCUCCAUUUAGAACUCCUAAAAGCGAAGAAGGUUCUAUUCUACAAGAACAAAAUUCUCAUCAUAAUAGCUUACCAACUCCACCAAGCCCACCUAAAAAAUCUUUUGAAAAUAAUAAUGGUACAACAGCUCCACCAACACCACAAGCAGCACAUGAUCUCUUAACUUUUUCCAAAACCCUUCCAUCUCCAUAUGCUAGCCCUUCAGCCAGUAUAUUAAAACGGAAAUUUCGUAAAGAAAGUUUAGAGGAUUACGAUUCGCCAGCUUAUAAACGUAAACGGGUUAGUUUUCAUGAUCCACCAGUAUCUGUAACAAAAGAGUAUGUUAAACAUAGCGAAGAAGAUAAACCGACUCAAAUGCGACCUAAUAAAAUGCAUCAGGAGCGUACUAGUACACCAACGAACAAUUCAAUGAAGCAUUCUCUGAAACGUAAAAAUCGAAUAGAUAGCAUGCUUGAAUUGGCUAGAUUUAAUGAUUCACCACAGCAAUUGUCAAAUGUUAGAAUGAUUGAAAUACCAAGAAAAUCAAUCGAAAACGAAAUUGAUACAAUUGAAGUGGCAAAUUCGAUCAAUAACAUCGAAAAAUUGUCUUCAAAAGAUCAAUUGUUACCAUCAAGCUCUGCUUUAACUUCAGAACUUCAAGAAUGUGAUUCGUCAAAGCAAAUGGUAACUGAUGAAACAAUAAAUAAUGUACCUGCAACCUCUGUUCAAAUGGAUUCGCUUAAAUUUAAUGCAACUGCUGAUAGUACAACCAAUAUACAACAAAAUCGUGAUAGAAUAGUAAUUGAUGAAGAUGACGAUGAACCAAGAAUGAUAACACCAUCACCUUCUAUAUAUUUCACUGAUGAAAAUGCUGUUUUAAAAUAUGUAGUAGAAAAAUAUGCUUUUGAUGAGAUUUAUGAAAAAUAUAGAGAGGGAAGAGAAAAUAAUAAAGAUUUUCUAACCAACAAAUUAGUUCGAACUGUAUUUAAAGAUUUAUCAGUAGUGAUGGAAAAAGAUGUUCGAAUUAAAACUAAUGUAUUAGAAAUGUUAUCAGAAAAACAUCCAAAGGAAUUUUUAGAUCAUGCGAUUCAAGAAAAUUUAUCGUCAGUUGUCUGUGAACGUUUAAACACAAAUUCAGUUAUAGAUUAUAUCUGUGAAACAUUUAAAAAUAAUAUUGAUUCGAGAAAAAUGAUUUUGGAUAAAAUAUCAAAUAUUUUGACAACAGAACGAUUUAAUUUAGAACGUCAUGAAUAUUUCAUAAAAUUAUUGCAUUAUGAGAAAAUGUCUAGUGAAGAAAUAAUUGAUUGUAUAGAAAUUAUAACUAAAAAUAGACGCUGAUAAUGUAGGUUACUAAUGAUCAAAAUUUGAAUUUACAUAUUUGGUUUCUAGAAAGCUGAAAGCUAAAAUUACCUGAUUAAAGAUUUGAUAUUUUUUAUUUUGCGGUUAACUAAUUUUUUUGUUUUGAUUUUAUUGUCCACACGCUAUAAUGCUUUAUAGUUAUGCUUUUAAUUAAUUUUUUUUUUUGUAUACUUUAAUGGAAAUAAUUUUAAUUAAGUUAAAUACAAAAAAAGGAUAAAAAAUUUCCCAAUAUAAG